AUGCGUGAAGACAUGCUUGGCAUUGGAUCCUACUGGUUUGUGCCACUGGUCCUUCUCUGCACUGCCUUCGGGGUCUGGCGGCCUGGGUUGCCUCUGGCAGCAAACAAUCCGGCCUUCCGCCUCGAUAAGCUUACCGCCUGGUGGCAUCGCGGCCCACAGCUUUCAGUAAUUUCCUUGAAAGUCUAUGCGUGCGUGCUGUUACUGAUUGAGCUGCUUGGCGUGACAGAGGAGCUGGGGCUACUGGAAGGUCACAGCGUCGAAGAAAUGCCGCAUCUAAUGCCGCGCCUCACCUAUUUCUUCAUGCCAGAUCUGGACGACAACACCGCUGACAGCUAUGCCUCUUUUCAUGCUGUUCUUCGAGCCACGCUGCUGGCUGCCUGGUGCAUCUUCCUGGUCGCACCAUGCAGCUGGAGAAGGACCUCCACGACGUGCUAUGCUUGGGGAGCGGCGCUGUACUUCUAUUUCGGCAGCCUGAGCAUGAUGUUUGCGCCCACCACCAGCGUGUGCUCCUCGUACUUCUUUGUGGUAGGUGCUGUCUUCGUGGUGGCAGAUGCUGAAGAUGCUUCUGCGCAGGCAUGGCUGUGGAAGUUCCUGGUCAUGAGCAUAUUGGCGCCAUACUACCUUGCAGCAGGCUUCGCGAAGCUGCGGUACGCUGGCUGGACAUCAGUUCUUACGGGGAGUUGGAUGCGGAAAGCUCUAGACGCCCCGUCCUUUUUUGCCGGUUUCAAUGCUUGGGCAAACAACACGCCAUGGAUGACAGUCCUACUAUCGUACGGAUGGAUGCUCGUCGAGUUCGUGGGGCCUCUGCUCGUCCUUUCCAUCGAUGUUGGAAAACCAUGUUCCAAGGUGGCGCGCUGGACUCUCACGAUCUGGAGUUCACUUGUUGUGUGCUUUGUGCUGGGGGCCUUCGCCUUCCUCAGCCCAAAUUAUGUUCGCCAUCUUCCGUUGGCAAUUCUGAUGCUGCAUGGUCUGUGCUCAGAUGGAUCCGAGAGACAGCGUCCGGAAGCUCAAGGAGCCCCACCUUCGGUAUAUCACUGCAGGGUCAUAUUGGCCUUGCUGCUUUUGAGCUCGUGGUUUGCGGUUCAAGUGUGGUCAGAUCUGGCACAUCUCACCGGCGCUACCCCACAACUAGCAAGGCAUGAUCCAGGUUGGCCAAACGGUGAGUUGCCCAGUUUCGUCCAUCCCUCGGAGACGUCGAAUUAUGCACGCUCUCUGUCUCUCGAGAUGUUGGUCAUUUGCGGACUUUGCGUGAAGAAGUCGCAGGACAUUUGGUCCGCCACGAAGACCAGUGCGUAG